AUGGAUGCCCUGCUAAGCUAUGGAGAGUCAGAGUCGGCAUGCGACGGGCUUGCAUACACUUACAGCUCAACCUACCACGACGGCACGCUCAAACUGUACGCUCAUCAGGUCCAGGCUUCGGCCAGCUCCGGAGGAAGGCCAGAGUAUCACAUGACCAAGAUACGUGGAUUUGACAUGACAGACAGUCGCGACACGUUCGUUGCGGGAGCGACCGCAUUCAGGAAUGCGAGGGACUUGGCGAAGCGGCACCGAGACAAUCUGAUUCAGGCUGCCAAUGCUAAAAUUGCCGUGGAGGACGCAGUUGCUACUGAUGUCGUUCUUGUAGAGUCCCUCGGCGAGCAAACGGAGCGUGUGGACAGCAUUCGAAGUGUACAGUCAACGAGAUGGAAAGAUGCCCACGAUGCACUUCAGAAACAGAUCGCCGGUGAAGAACGACAACCCCACUCCGAGGACGACGCAAACAGCCAGCCUUAUGUCGCAUAACAUCUGCGCGCAGAAUAUUCGUCCGCGGAAGCCGAUACUAUAAUCCGUGCACUAAGGUCGAGCGCCUGCACGCGUUGUGCUUUGACUUCGUUGAGGUCAAAGCUCAAACACUGGUUGCAUAUAUUGGAACACCAGCCUCAAUUACAUGGACUCUGCACCACAAAGCAAAUCUUUCCUUUGAGUAUAAAGGGCAGCACACUGUCGUGCGCUUACAGACAGCUCUUCAAGAUAAUUCUCAUCAAUUCACACGAUGCCAACUGUGAUCCCUGUGCAGCCAAUUGUCUGACACCAUCCUUUCGUCCACAGUACAAACACGACUCUCCCUCCACCGCGACAACCACAUGGCAAAGGUAAGGUAAUACUAUGACGGAGCAAACUCGCUCGAACGUCAUCAAAAAAAUAUCCCCUUGGAGACGGCCUUGAUGCCUUUCGUACUUCGUUCCGUCGGAUAUGUGACGAGAGCAAUCUUUUGCCAGGUCCAAAUGCCGUCGAGCGAUUUUCUUAAGAAGAUCUCCAGAAUUGUGUCCUCAUCCUGCUCUCGGCACGGGGAUGCGAUUCAUCGUUCCGGCUGCCUCCAUCUUAAGACCAAUCAGACCAUACUUGUCUCUUAGUUCGUCCCGGAUCGACGCAUUCUUCAUGAGCUUUUCACCAGACCCAAUCGGACCAUACCAGACGCGUCACGCGUGUUCGCAUAUCAUCCGCCCGACGGCCUCUGACCGUGGGUUUGCGCGCGUCUGACUCACUAGCCUCGUAAAGGAGAUCCGCCUCUUGGCCUGGGUCAACGAAAUUUCCUGUCGAAUGGUUCUUGUCCUUCAUUUCUUCAUAAAACGGCAGAAAUAAGGCUCCCUCGAAGGGGUCAAGGGGCUGGCGUCGACAGUAACCAGAUUAGCGAUGCUAUCGAACUUGCAGCCUGCGUCCGACGUACAAUUGCCGCAGCUUUGUGGCUACCAAUGUCGUUUGCGCCAUAAUAUGCACCUUACUACGAUGCCUAUUUAGGGGAAAGGGAAAUUUUCUCGCUCAUGCAAGUGAACUCUCAGCGAGUCAUCCAUUUCUUAGGGGUAAGACGACGUGUACAGCAGGUACAGUGAACGUGGAGCAAGCCUCGACCAUUUUGCGGAGCUCGGAUACCGUCACCCUGAGUUCAGGAUUUGGCUCUAAGGCGCAUCGUAAUAUGUCGUUCAUGUCAUCAGACAACGGCAAUAUCGACUUGAGAAACCCCUCUGAUCGACUAUAUUCCCGAUAGGCAGAAUCCUCGAUGGUGGCCACCGCCCAAGGAUUAGAUCCGCACGUCAAGUUAACCAGGAUAAUUCCAAGGCUCCACACAUCACUAGGUGCGCACAUGUAGUAGUGCUGGCCUGUGCUGCGCUUUAGAGACU